UGAUAAAAGCGUCAGCCCCUCGCCAUGGAAACAGCGGCCCGCAUGCGUAAUCUGCAGGUUCGAUUGCCGAAAGCACUGCGCUGGCGUAGACAGUGGAACGCAAGCGAGUGGAAGUAAUUUCACGCACGCGCCUUGGGUCGAAUGUCUGUCUCAUUUCAUUGUCCCCGCCCAUGUCUCCUCCCCCUUCCCCGGCUGAGUAAGCGUGGCUCUUUUUAAGACUUGGCCUACGUGGCAGGCCGGACCGGGAGCUGUGAGUUCGUGGGAGGGGUUGACAAAGACACACAGAGCCCGAUCAGCCGCAACUAUGGGCAAUAACGAUAUGAUGGGAACCGCCGAGGACUUCACGGAUCAGUUCUUGCGGGUCACUAAGCAGUACCUCCCACACGUGGCCAGACUGUGUCUCAUAAGCACCUUCCUGGAAGAUGGAAUCCGAAUGUGGUUCCAGUGGAGCGAACAGAGAGAUUAUAUUGAGGCCACGUGGAACUGUGGAUACUUUCUAGCAAUACUCUUCGUCCUCAUCAACUUGCUGGGGCAGCUUGGCUGCUGCAUCUUGGUGCUUAGUAGAAACUUUGUACAAUAUGCCUGUUUUGGUUUGUUUGGAAUCGUAGCAAUGCAGACUAUUGCUUACAGCAUCCUGUGGGACCUGAAAUUCUUAAUGCGGAAUCUAGCUCUUGGAGGUGGAUUAUUGCUGCUUCUCGCCGAGUCCAGGUCGGAAGGUAAAAGCAUGUUUGCCGGAGUGCCCACCAUGGGAGAGAGCUCACCUAAGCAGUACAUGCAGCUGGGGGGCCGCGUUCUCCUUGUGCUCAUGUUCAUGACUCUACUGCAUUUCAACGCCAGUUUCUUCUCGAUCCUGCAGAACGUUGUGGGCACGGCUCUGAUCAUCCUGGUGGUUGUCGGCUUCAAAACCAAACUGGCGGCUCUGACGCUGGUCAUAUGGCUUUUUGCCAUCAACGUCUACUUCAACGCUUUCUGGACCAUCCCGGCAUACAAACCCAUGCAUGACGUACUCAAGUACGAUUUCUUUCAGUCCAUGUCAUUCAUCGGAGGACUCCUUUUAGUCGUGGCGUUGGGGCCCGGUGGGGUCUCCAUGGAUGAGAAGAAAAAGGAGUGGUAACGUCACAUUGCUGCCUGGUCACUUGCAGAAGAUGAAGAAAAAAGUUCUGGUUCUCCGCCGUCUCUUCCUCCUGUACCGCCGCCUCUUGUAUUCCCACCGGGAGUCCUGCAGGACAGUAUCCGACUCACCACCAAUGCCAUGGACGCCGUGUCUAUAGCCGGCCAUUAAACCAGCAGUGGCUUCUGCUUAGAACUAAACAUUAUGGGGCAGUCCUUGGACCUGCUGGUUGGUGGCUUUCGUUCUGGACGGUACUGGAAUUGUUCAGUGAUACUUUAUUAUUUGUAGUAGAAAGUGCAGUAAAAGCGAAUGGCAGUGAGAUCUUCUGCCGUAAACCACCUGAUUGUACUUCAAUGGGUUUUGGUACCGGAACAGAUGCUCCUUACCAAUAUAUGUAGCACAGGUCCAUAGAUAAAUACAUAGAAUGUCUCUAGCACAUGCUGGAUUAUUUUGCCCCCAUUAAGAUUUCCAUUGACCUCUUUGGAUGACCUAAUCGUUUUCUUAUAAUCUGGUCCUCUGGGUGUACCGUAAAUGAUUGGCAGGUGCCAAAAAAGGGCCAGUAACACCAAAAAAACCCCUAAAACUUGCUGCCAAGAUAUAAAGUUUUAAUUUGCUGGUGUUAGGGGAUAAAAAGACAAGUAACUGCAGUCUUUGUUCUUAUGGCAUUACCAUUACCAAGAGAAAAAACUCUUUCAAAUAUUACCUCCCCCAUAUAUUUUCUUAAAGGGCUAUUAUGCCUCCUUUUCUUUCUUUUUUUCAUGCCUAAUGGAAAUAUAUAUUUGCCUACUGCUGGUUUUGCCCUACCUAUGGCUCCACGGCAGGCUGGCCCUAAGCUACUAGACACCUCCCACCAGGCUAACCUUGUAUUUAUAUUCUAUAAAACAGUGUGGCCAAGCAGUCAAAGGGCAGUAAUGAGGUGGGUGAAGGUGUGGCCAGCCAAACUGGGCUGUAAAUGGCAUUUUCCAUCACUGUCUUUUUAAUAAAACAUGUCUAUGAGGGUUACCUUUAACAUACAUGAGUGAUUGGAUAUAGGCGAAAACGCCACAGCUCCCUAAAUUCCCAACUUGUCCUUUAAAACUUUAUUUUAAAUAUACAAAAUUAGUUAAUUUAACAAUCCUUUGUGACUAGCCGCAUCACAUCCGUUGCCAAACAUAUACUCAUUAGUGGUUAAUCCUCUAGUACUUGAAGAUUAGAGAAGGUGUGUUUUGCCUUACAAGACACAAAGCCCAAAAGGGUGAACUGUUUUAUUCUCACUUGUGAAAAAGUCUGUACUGUGAAUUCUAGACUGAGCUUAUAAUGGCGUUUAGGUGGAACCACCAUUUAUUUUCUAUUUGAAAUUUGAGGAUGGUGGGGGAACCUGUGACACUGUUUUACGGACCAUGUGGAUCAUUUUUAGUUCCUUCCCUGUUAAUGUAGUGGUUGCCCUUUCAAAUCAUGGCUGCCUAUAGCAUCAAGAACAUUUUUAUAUUUCUGGGAGACGUGUGAAACCAAGGCCAUGAAGGAAUUAACCAUUCUAUGACAUGUUUAAAUUUCACUUAAAGGUGAAUCGCCCCUUUAAUAUCAAUGGACUUGGACCCUUUGUCUAGAACCCCGAGCAGCAAGGGGUGUUUAAAGCUUUAGGGGCAGCAGCAGGUGCCAUGUUUACACCAAUUUUCUGGCUUUAUACAAUAAACUCAAUAGAAAUAAAUGGAAUUAUAUAAUAGAUUUUUUUUUUUAAUGAUGAGGCUUUAAAAAUAUUUAAUAUUGUGCUGCAACUGGGUUUUUUUUAAGUAAAAUAAAGUGGUUUAAAAACAACGGGGCAAUGUAUAAACUGUUGUAGGUUAUAUGGGUUGCCAACGGUUACUGCCCGCUGCAGGGUUUCUAUUUGUCUUUGGGGUUUUUUUUCCACUUGCCAUAAAAAAACUGUAUUAUAUUUUCCGUUACUAUGGAAUUAAAGGCCAGAUAAAGCACCCCCAGUGCUAGUGUUUGAUUAUUGUAAACAACUGCACAUACACCAGCCCUUUGAUAGUAGGAUUCUAGCUCUUUGGAUCCUCCAUGGAACUACAGACCAGCAGGGACAGGCCUUGUGUUGGGGACAGCUUUAAAGUGGGAAAUAACCCCCAAAAAUAAAUUGAUUUGAUCAUACUCUUGGCAAUUCUGCAAUUUAUAUGAUUUUUUUUGUGGUUUGAGAUAUUUGAGACUGUUACUACCCACCAGGCUUUGUCCACGACUCAGUCACCUGCAUAGCUAGUGAACCCCAGGGCUCUGUCCAUUUAACGCUGCAAUAGAGCUGCUGAGACAUAAGCCUGGUCUAAAACUGCUAAUCUGAAACCACUAUAAAUAGACAAUGAAUGUAAUCUGCAGAAGCGAUGAGCAGGAGCAGUCUGAGUAAGUGUAUAUUAUUUGUUUGGGUUUAGAUUCCCUUUAACUUCUGUCCCACAGCUGAUGCAUGAAUGCACCUGUAGCCCAAUGGUUUUAGGAGAAUUGAUGUAUGGUGGUGUUGCUAUGCCAGUGGUCCAUGGCAACUGGCUACAUGUUGCCUUCUGUUAAUCUUGACUACACUAGACCCCCCCAGCAGCAUUUAUAUAAAUGUAUAUACAUUGGACACCGCCACAAGGAAAGAGGAUGAUGGGGGGGGGGAGGAAGAGACCGACAGCAACUGAUCAGUGUUUAACGGGUUAAUUGUCAGGCUUUUUUAUUUAAAUGACAAUAUAUUUUUCAGAAUCUGAUGUGCGGAAUGAUCCGCUGCUUUUGUUCAAGGUGUGUCUUUUAUGCUGUUUACAGUGUUACAAUAAAUCCUUUCUCCUAAA